ACGGACGAACGGACAGUCGAUCGGUCGGUCGGUGGAGUCGGUGGGUCGUUCUCGUUCGGCCCUCUGUAUGCGAUUCCGUGGCUCCGAGCUCCGAGUCCGGUCCCCCUUUAAAAACGCGCAAUUGCGACAAUAUGGCGGAACGCGCAUCCGCGCCGGCACCGCUCUGCCACUCACAGUGACUCGCGCCUGCAGUACUCCGAUCUCCGCGCGGCGUAUCCCGCAGUCCGCACUCCGGAUAUCUCGCGCUCUCGCGAAACAUCACGCACGUACGGCGCUCCUCGGCGUCGACCUCGGAGUCACUUAUCGAUUAGCGUCCCGUGCCGGCGGCGAUGUGCCGCCGCGGAUGAUGGAGCUGACGCUGGCGCGCGACCCCCUCGUCGGCCAGGCCGCGUCCCCGCGACACGUUCGCCUCUGAGCUAGUGGAAGAGAGAAGUGCAUCGCUCCGAAGACCGCGGACGACCAGCGACGACGCUCAUCGGGCUCAUCCGUGCCCGCCCGUCCGAUCGCCGUUUGAGAGCGCAGCGGGUGCAGUAAGCGCCCGAGCAGGAGGUACGUAGACCAUGCCAGGGCCAGGAGCGGAGUGGUGACCUAGACCUCAUCCCGGCUCCGACCCUCGAUGCUUACGCUACGGCUGGUGUCGACUCACUUCCUGAAGCAGCCAUAGGCAGUGCCCUUUGCCUUAGAGAAAGGGCUCGAUGCGAUGUGCCGUGAUAGGGACAUGAACCCAGAACUACUAGUCGAGUCGCCGUCGCCGUCGUCGUAAAAAGUAAAAAACGAAGAAAAACACACACGGUUGUUCGAAAUUUUCACGCGCACGCAAGAAGGACUUUUCUUCUUCUUCGACAGCCCUUCUAUCUCUCUCUCUCUCUGCUGCGAGAGUCCUUUUUCGCAUAUAUACAUACAUACAUAACACAUACAUACACACCCCCACGAGUCGUUCCUUGCCCUUCCAACCACGAAGACGAACAAGAACGACUUUCCUAUUUUCGUGUUAUUCCAAGAUAAAUUAAAAUCCCGACGAGAACAGAACGGGCUACUCUCAAGCGAGGAAGUGUGUACACGUCUCGCGUUCGGUACUCGGUACUCGGUACUCGCGGUAUUCGGGAUAAAUUCGUGAUCCCAGUCGCCGGAACUGGCCGGACCGAAGAAGCACGAUAUUUGUAACCCGGAAGAGACAACAUUAUCGGUACAUACUCACGACGAAUCCAGCCGAGGGGACGACAGGAGGGAGGGGCAAGACGAGACAGCUGCCACGCUGAGCUCAGUGUACUUCAACCUGUGGAGGAUCGCGAGAGAGUGCAUUUGCGGCAGCAGGUCGCGGUGCAGACAAAGUGGGAUGAGACGCCCUCAGCAAGAACAUCAUCAUCAUCACCACCACCACCAUCAUCACCAUCAUCAUGGAUCCUCAGCAAGCCCCACGUGCUCUCGUCAAACACACGAUAAGGACGAGUCUCGUCUCGCUCGCGUGAAGCGCGUCCUGGCAGGUUCGCUGUUAGGCCGCGGCGCUGGAUCCAGCAGGAUCUUCGGCACCCGGCUGGAGCUGAUCGAGUCGUACCUCGACACGGGCGUGCCAUACGUGGUGCACCGGCUAUGCAGCUACAUCGAGGUGCACGGCUUCCAAAGCGCGGCGGUGUUCCGCCUGUCGGGCGGCAGUCCCCGCCUGGCCGAACGGCUAAGGGCGGCUUUCGAGCGGCGGGGCGAUGCCGAUUUGGAAGCAGCCGGAUGCCCGCCGACGGCCGCGACCCUUCUUCGCCAAUAUCUAAAGGAAUUGCCGCAGCCGGUCGUGCCAUCCACUCUCGUCGGCAGACUGCUCAACAUUCACGCCCAGAACUACGCAAACGAUCACGAUUCGUGGAUCGCCUCGACGAAGGAACUACUGUCGACCCUGCCGUCCUCGCAUUACCGUCUGCUCGGCUAUCUGACGAACUACCUUAGCCGAUACGAGGCGCGACAUGGACGCAGCGCCGGAGUCUGCGGUGUUUUCGCACCUGUCAUGCUGCCUCACGUGCCGCCCGCGACCACUCUCCUGCGAGACAUCCUCGCCGAGGCACCGGUACUGUUCCCCGACUGUAUCCGUGAGAAUACGGUGAACGGCUUGGUACCUGCCGGCGACUGUAAGAUCUGCAAGGAUACGAGAGACGAGCCGAAGGACUCCGAGGGUUCGUCCCUGCUCUGCGCGCUGAAACCGCGUAAGCGCAAGGAACGUCGCGAAUCCUGUUGCCAAGAACGGAAGCUAAUAAGGAGUAGCAGUGAGGAACGCGUUCUUGACAGUCCCACUGACGUCGCAGAUACGAUCAGGCGUGUAAGCAGCCACGAAGAUUUCAAUAGCGAGGAACAUUUGCAUAUUUUGUCGCAACUUGGUCAAGACAUGGGUCACGGCGUGAGAUGUGGCGGAUUACCGCUCCAUGAAAGAACGAACGUUUCGCCGGUGUCGAAAAAAUCGUCAUCGGUGCCGUCGCCGUGCGAGGUGGUUGUGGCGACUGAAAAAUAUGACUGCGACGCCGAGAGAUUGAGAAAUAGCGAACGCUUCAGCAGAAGCAUCACCCCGAGAGGCAGAAGACAAGCGCGCAGAAGAAGAGUACAUAGAGUCCCGGAUAUUGACCAGAAUUCCAGCAAGGAAAAUGAAGAAGAGCCUGAAAAUAUGUACAUCUCCAAUGUAUCACCGAGUCCUAACAGUCAUAAUGGCUCGCCAGCUCAAAGCUUUCUGGAGAUGUUAAGCAGCGGACCGAGCAGAUCACCUUCGCCAGCUCGUCCGCCCACUGUUGAUCACGAGGAUGUAAAUAAUCCCAGUUUAACCAAUUGGGGCUUUCAACAUUUGGAAGGAAACGAAGAAGCCGUGGACGCUCGAGUAGAAGCUAUGCUCUCGCCGAGGAACUCGCUGUUGGUACCCAGGAGAUUUUAUUCUGAGGAGGAGAUACAGCCGAGCACGCUUAGCUCGUCAGAAAUGGGACUGAAGAACCUUACGAAGCACAUUAACGGCCUGAAGAAGAAGAUCAAGAAGUAUGAGGACGAAUUUGAAGAAAACUUCGGCUAUCGACCGAGUCAUUCUGACAAAAUGAGCAAUCGCGACAUCAAACGGCUGUGUACGGAGCUGAAUAAGUUGCGAAAGGAACACAAGUUACUAAAGGAGGAUCCAAUAGGCGCGCUUCUGGCCAACGCCAACAAUCGACUGAACACCACUGGCAGUCUUAUAAACAACAACAACGGCCACGAGAAAUCCCAGGCGAUGUCGAUAGAAGAGGUGGUCAAGGAAUCGGAGAAGAAACUCAGUGAGAAGCGCAUCAAAUACAAUCGGUCCGAUAACAUGGAGGAGCUCAAUUACGAUCAGUUGUUGGAUGAAAAGACAGCCGUGCAAAAGGCAUUGCUUCAAAUCGAGAAUACUUUCGGCAGACCAGUCUCUAAGGAAGACAGAGCGGUCGUGCGACCAUUGUACGAUCGGUACAGAACAUUAAAGAGAUUGCUCAUUAGAGCGGGCGCGAGCAAAAACAAGGACAGCAUUUCGGAACUGGCCACGAUCCUAGAGCACGAGACGAUGGAUUUCACGUCAUCGAGUCUACCGGGAAAUCCCGUAGAGACUGACAGAAGAGCCAGCGAACCUGACAUGUCACAUCGAGGCAUCUUGGACUGUAUCGAUCCUAUGGAUCAAUUACCAACCGACAGUGAUAGCCAGCAUAGCAGCAGCGAAGGUAGUCGCGGUGUAGGUGAAAGCCUUCACGCUCUUCCCCAAGAAGAAUUAUUGAUGCAACAACGGACUACUCGAGAGGAGAAGAAGCGGCUUCGCAGAGCGUUGAAGGAAUUAGAAGCGCAGUUUGAAGCCCGAGCUGGUCGUCGUAUGCAACGCGAAGAUCGCGGACCGCAAGUCACCACCGUGUACGAAUCCUACAAACAGGCGAAAGCGAAACUGAGACUGAUCGACGCCCUCAUAGCUAAGAAGGCUUGACGUAGUAUUUAAUUCGAGUAACGAAGAACUGACUUGAAACAAUAUUGUUGAAUCUUAAGCUAUCUUUGAACGUCUGUAAGAAGACACAUCUGUCGCACCACGCAGGCACAUUCAUCGCCGUCUACAAUUCCUGCAUCGUGCGGCCAUGAUUAAAAAGGCCUGAAAAAGCAAUAUCUGCUGAAGCGAAGAACACUACUGUAACAUAACGAGAAUCUAUCGUCUAGAAUCAAAAGAUUUCGCGAACAAAAACGUGAAAGUGAAUAAUACAUGUGAGUGUAGGAUUUACUUCGCUUUCGUAAGAUCAUGUGUACCGUAUAUUCUCUUAUACGGUUUUCUUUCGAUCGCAAAUUCUGUUCGCGUUACAACGCUGGGGAAUUAAUACCGAAUGUUUUCAAUGUUACAGUAUCUUUUUUACAACAUCAUUUUCGAUCAACAUAAUCGAUAUGUUGAAAGUACGCAUAAGUGGACAUAUAAUGAGCAAUAGUAGUCCACAUGAUAUCGUGGUAGUACAUUUCAACUCUAAAAGUGCUAAUAAUUCUACAUAAAAUGAUUAUUACGAUGUGAUGUAUCGUAAUUGUUCGAUGAAAUCGCGUAUCUUGUUCACCGGUUCACUUUGUAUUUAACGUGUUUGUUUGCAAUGGAAGAUUUCCAUUUGAUUGUCCUCCAUUCAUUUCAUCGCGUAUGCAGCAUUAGGAUACAUAUUUGACGUUAAUAAGAAACUGCUUAUUUUGAUAUAUUUACAGUUUAUAAAAUUGAUCAGUUACAAAUAUAUAAAAAAAAUGUACUUAUAUUUUAUAUAUAUAUAUAUAUAUAUAUUUGUUGCAAAGAUUUCUAAACUUGUUUGUACUUAAAGUGUCAAGUUUUAUAGCGGUUAACGCAAGAACCGCUGUUGCUAUUGAACAAACACCGACUUGUCAUUUUAAAUCGUUUAAACAACUCCUCAAGAUUUUUCCAACAUAUAACGAUGUGUAUCAUACGAUUGUGAGAAACGUGUCAGACAGCACAUUUAUUUUAAAGUCACAUGUAAUUUUAUUUUCGUAAUAUUAACAUUUCAAAAAGAAUAGGAUUUAUUUGACAUUAUUUCGGGAGGAGUUCUCGUUUAGUUUUGCUGUUAAUGUAAAGCCGGUUGAAUUUUUCUCACGGACGAUAAUAUAAUUAUUGUGUCGAUAAGACUUAAAAGAGAAAAGAUAGAAGAAAGCGGGUAUCCAUAUAAUGAUAAACGUUUAUAGUGGACCCGAUAUUUAUUUUAUCAUCGUACAGUAAUCGCUGAAGUCUAAACGCUGAAAGAGUAAUGAACGAAUCUGUGGGGUUACUCGUAAUAUAAGUACCUUGUAAGAGAUAUCACAUGUUGUAAUAUUGUAGAGUACUAUAAAAUGUUACGAUCUUAAUAACGUAUUAAAAGAGAAAGAGAAAAAGAAUAUUCACUAAGAGAAGCUCGUUGAUUUUUGCGUUUAUAUUUUUGUACAAGUACGAUUUUAAGGCCAUUCGCAAUGUAUACACACACAACCGACUAGGGACUACUAUCAUAAAAACGCCUUAAAAUUCCACUUGAAUCGAUUUUUUCACAUAGAAUCUCGAGAAUCAAGGGUGCUAAUGGCUUGAGUUCUACCGCAUGCCGACUAAUACGAAAGAAAUGCUUUGCGAAUCUCUGACUGAUGAGUUGCAAUCGCGCUGUUUUCUUUUUCUCAUUUUACUACGACACAGCGAUGAAGUAUCAGUCACCGUUUCAGAAUCGGAAGUUCUAAUAUGUAAUUAAGACACAAAAGCCGCGGUGGUUUUAACUCUUUCGGGUAUCAAACAGGAAACGAAGAUCGGCGAUGAAAUUCACUAUAUAUAAAUUCACUCGCUGAUCUCGCAUACCCGCAGGAUAAAAUUAUAUAAAAUAAUUAUAUAUCGAUGGCAGCGAAGUCGCGAACACAUAAAUGCGAAAUGCGUUCUGAUUAACAAAAAUGAGUAAGAAGCAAAAAAAAGAUCAAGACAAUUUUUUAGACCAAAGCAUUUUUUAGUCUGUGAUAUAAUGAGAGAUAUAUUUGCGUUAAGAUGGGAGAAUGUGUGUGUGGAGUACUCGGUUCCGUUUCUGUUUCCUUCUUCCUUUUGUGAAAACAAUUUUGUAGAAGAACAAGAUAAAGGGAGAUGAUUUUUCCGCCGUUUCCUUCGUGCUUGAAGUCGGCGAUAUCUUCAAAAGAUCUUACAGCGAUGACGAUAGCGUAAAGAAAGCAGAGUCCUUUUCCGAAAGAACGGUUGGAGACAGAGGGUACAAGAAAAAGUGAGAAAAUGGAUUUUUCGUAGACCAAUGAUCGGAAUGAAUAUGAAAAUAAAUAUUAAAAUUCAGCAAGAAUGUAUCACUUUGUUAAUUGGUCGCUCUUUGAAAUUAAUUAAUCUCUUAUCUGCUGCCAUUUAAUCACUUCUUCGUUAUUUGAUAUUGCAUAGCAACAAAAAAUGUGCGACAGUAGGAACAUCGUCGCAACAAGAUCGUUCUCCGCGUUCGUCGCGGGAUUGUUGUCCUCCAUCCGUACUGCCAAAAGGACUGCGCUGUUCACGAGAGAAAAAUUAAUUUUGUAUUUAACGCCCACAGGAGUGUUUUUAUUUCUCGCGGGUGCACUUAAGCCGCGCCCCUCCACUAGUAAGAAAGAGAGAGAGCAAAUUAGUAUUAUCGUAGAUCUAAGAUAACAUUUUAUAUUAACGUUAACUAAGGUACAUUUUGUAGUGGAUAGUAUCUUUAACGCAUAAGGAUAGAUCGCGUGAUUCUGUGUAGACGCUUUGAAAAGAAGAGAGAGAGAGAGAGAGAGAGAGAGAGAGAGAGAGAGAGAG